UACCGCGCAAGAACUAUUGGAUGAUAUCCAAAAAUCUCUUUAGAACAAUAACAAAGAUAAAAGCUCAAUUAAUUGCUUUAGUUUUAUUCGCAAUUUGAAUUGAUAAGUACGAAAUAUGGUUCUAGCCGUAGUUCCAAAAGUUAAACUCAACGAUGGAUCCGAGAUGCCAGUCUUGGGACUAGGAACAUACUUGGCAAAGGACGAUGAGGUUCAGAAAGCUGUAAGCCAUGCUAUUGAUGUUGGGUAUCGUCAUAUAGACACCGCAUUGUAUUAUCGGAAUGAAGCCGAUAUCGGCGAGGUUAUUAGAGAGAAGAUAAAACAGGGGGUUGUAAAGCGGGAGGAUCUUUUCAUUGUGACGAAACUUUGGAACAGUUACCAUGACCCAGAAAGGGUUGAAUACGCAUGCCGUAAGUCAUUAGAAAAUUUAGGACUUGAUUACAUAGAUUUGUACCUUAUGCAUCAUCCAGUUGGAUAUAUUUAUGUAGACGAUAACAACUUACGACCCACGUACAGUGAUGAGAAACUCAUGCUAAACGAUGUGGACUAUUUAGACACAUACAAAGCCAUGGAGAAACUCGUCAAAAAGGGUUUAACCAAAAGUAUUGGCGUUUCGAAUUUCAAUAAGGAACAGCUCGAAAGGAUUAUACAGUUUUGCAAAAUACGACCAGUAACAAAUCAGGUAGAAUGCAAUCCUGGAAUAAACCAAAAGAAAUUAAUCAAAUACUGCAGAGAUCACGGAAUAACUGUGACUGCCUAUGCACCUUUGGGACGACCUAUUGCUAAAGAAAAAAUUCCAACAUUUCUAUUUGACGACAUAAUCCUUUCAAUUGCAAACAAACAUAAGAAAACACCGGCUCAAGUCAUUCUGCGAUAUCUGAUUGACAUAAACACGAUUCCAAUACCCAAAUCCACCAACCCGGAAAGGAUAGAAGAAAAUAUUAAGCUUUUUGAUUUCAAGUUGAACAAUGACGAAAUCGAACUUAUAGACAGCCUAAAUACGGGGAACAGAUUAUAUCAAUUCCCGCUGAUGCAGGAUCACAAGUAUUACCCUUUCAAGGCAGAAUAUUAAAAACAAAAUCUUCUUUGCGAUGGUCUUGC